UCGGAAAGUUUGUGCCCCCCCUCGGGAAGUUUCUGACCCUUUGGUUGAGGCCGGGACCCUCCUCACAGGGCCGCUGGGGGGUGUGGGGGGGUUGGAGGAGCAGCCCCACUAACCCCACAAACCCACGCUUCGUGCUGUGCACGGAGCUGCCUCAGUACUAAUAAAAGGUUUGCUUUUUCUACCCCUUUUUUAAGCUGAGGAACUCUGCUCUUAGAUUGUCAAAGGCCAGAGCAAGUGAAAGAGGAACGGGAUAACUGCCCGUGUCCCGGGCGUGCUGGUGAAGCUGCGCCUUCUCGCUCGGGCUCUCUGGUCCGCCUCGGCCUCGCCAGCCUUCCCCCGGCAUUGACAGCUGCUUGACAACAGAUGGGCCGCAGAAUUGAUUCAGAGGGGCAAUUUUUGUUUUCUGUGGGUUGUAAACUUAAUAGAGGAAAUAUGGUCUUGCGGUUAAAGCACAAGACUGGGGAUCAAGUGAUCUGCGUUCUCUUCCAGUAGUGUAGUUUUUGAUGUGACUUAAAGCAAGUUAAAUGAAGGUAUUUCUUAGGAAAAUGAAGAACUGAUUUCCCAAAGGUUCAGUAACAGGCCUUGAAGCUUGUGGUGGAAUCUAUGGGUUUACAUGAUUUAUUCAGUGAGUGACGUGGACUCCCUGCUUUAAUGCAGCCUCUGAGGAAUAACUGUCAAAAGUUUGCAUUAGCCUGUGAGUUUUGUCUUGUCAUGGGAAAUUAGAUUGUCAGUGUGUGAUGGCUUUAGAUGAAAUCUCUUGCUGGUUUUCAUUCCUUCGUUAAUUUCAGGUAAUUUAUCUGUCAUGUGUGGGUUUAAAAUCCUGACGACUGAAGCAGGUGUUGUGCAGUGCACGUCCCGAUUAUGGGAGUUCUGCGUGGAUUAUCUUCCCGAUAUUCUGAUUCCUGAUAUUCUGAGAGAAUCCCAGUGAAGAGAAGGGAAAAAAAAUGUCUCGGUGCGAGUUCCUGCACUGCUCUCUGGAAGCCUUCUCAGCGGUGCUCCUGUGACCACGUCGAAAAGUUUGGCCGGCGCUUCAGCCCGCUUGACCAGGGUGGGUUGGCAAGGUGCGGGACGCCGCCUGCCAAGUCCGUAUCCCUCCUGACCUACCACCAAGGUUGCGCCCGCCAGGACUGUCAUCCUUGACAGAGGAUCUUUGUCAGAACGCUGCUACCGAUCCACCAACUAUGAGUGAAUUUUGAGAAGACUAAGAAAAAAGAGGCAAACAGGCAUCACCUUUGUGCUCUGAGCUGUACGGCUUUUAUGAGCUGUGGCGAUGGCAGGGAAUGCGUAGGCCCUUGAAGUUUGUUGCCCAGUGCUAAAUUGGAAGAAUUGAUCGUUAUUUCUGAUGCGAAGACUUCAUCACUGGCAUCUAUGUUCGUUUGUCAGCGUCCAAGCACAGCUCAUCAGUGGCUGUAACUGCUUUUGAUAUACACUGAUAUUUGUUUGAAAACAAGAGGAAAAACAUCCAAAAAAGCCCAACAACAAAAAAAAAACAGACAAAACCCAACGAACCUUUUGAAGACUUGUGUCAAAUGACGUCAAUGGCCAGUUUGUUCUCCUUUACUAGCCCAGCUGUAAAGCGUCUGUUGGGCUGGAAACAAGGAGAUGAAGAAGAAAAAUGGGCAGAAAAAGCUGUUGAUGCUUUGGUAAAAAAGCUGAAAAAGAAAAAGGGUGCUAUGGAAGAACUGGAGAAAGCCUUGAGCAGUCCAGGACAGCCCAGCAAGUGUGUUACUAUCCCCCGUUCUCUAGAUGGACGACUUCAAGUUUCUCACAGAAAAGGCCUUCCCCAUGUAAUUUACUGUCGUGUUUGGCGUUGGCCUGAUCUCCAAAGCCAUCAUGAGCUGAAGCCAUUGGAUAUUUGUGAAUUUCCUUUUGGAUCUAAACAGAAGGAAGUCUGCAUCAAUCCAUACCACUAUAAGAGGGUGGAGAGCCCAGUUCUACCUCCAGUGUUAGUGCCUAGACAUAGUGAAUUCAAUCCACAGCACAGCCUACUAGUUCAGUUCAGGAACCUAAGCCACAACGAACCACAUAUGCCACAUAAUGCGACAUUUCCAGAUUCUUUCCAGCAACCCAACAGCACUCCAUUUUCCAUUUCGCCAAACAGUCCCUAUCCACCUUCUCCAGCCAGCAGCACUUACCCAAGCUCCCCAGCUAGCUCUGGACCAUCUAGUCCGUUUCAGCUACCAGCUGAUACUCCACCUCCUGCAUAUAUGCCCCCUGAUGAUCAGAUGGGGCAGGAUAACUCUCAGUCUAUGGACACAAGCAAUACAAUGAUCCCUCAGAUCAUGCCAAAUAUAUCUACCAGAGAUGUUCAGCCUGUUGCCUAUGAAGAACCCAAACACUGGUGUUCGAUCGUGUAUUACGAAUUAAAUAAUCGUGUUGGAGAGGCUUUUCAUGCAUCUUCUACAAGUGUCUUAGUAGAUGGGUUUACAGAUCCCUCCAAUAAUAAAAACAGGUUCUGCUUAGGUUUGCUCUCAAAUGUUAAUCGCAACUCAACAAUUGAGAACACUAGACGACAUAUUGGGAAAGGUGUUCAUCUCUACUAUGUUGGUGGGGAAGUCUAUGCUGAGUGUUUAAGCGAUAGCAGCAUAUUUGUACAGAGCAGGAACUGCAACUACCACCAUGGCUUUCAUCCAACAACUGUAUGCAAGAUUCCUAGUGGAUGCAGUCUGAAAAUUUUUAACAAUCAGGAGUUUGCUCAGCUUUUAGCUCAGUCUGUCAACCACGGAUUUGAAGCAGUGUAUGAACUCACCAAAAUGUGCACCAUUCGAAUGAGUUUUGUGAAGGGCUGGGGAGCCGAAUAUCAUCGACAAGAUGUCACGAGCACCCCAUGCUGGAUAGAAAUUCAUCUUCAUGGGCCCCUCCAGUGGCUGGAUAAAGUACUUACACAAAUGGGUUCUCCUCUUAAUCCCAUCUCAUCUGUUUCAUAGUGCUGAAAUUCUAUCUUCAGCAUUAUUUUUAGUGAACUUGCUCCAACUCUAGAGAAACUUCCAGUAUGGAUACUGUGAGCUGUAUGGAGAAUGGAUCUUACGGUUUAACUUUUUUUUUUUUUUUUUAAAUCCCUUUGUGACCAAUUCCAUUGUGUAUAGCUGAUCAGUUUUACAUUUCAAUUUGUUCUUGUGAUGCUUAAGUGACAGUUGAGCCCUAAGGGAAAAAAGUCUAUUGAAAAAUUCAGAACACUUUUCCCCUACUUGGAGUAGAACUUAAACAGGCAUAUGUCUUAACUGGAAAUUUUUUUUCUCUUUGUCCUGUAGGGACAAGAAUUAUGAAGACUGACUUCAGAAAAAUAAAUACAUAUCAUAGUUUGGGAUUUUUUUUAAACGUUUAUAAAACUGUUUGAACAUGUGCAGCUCCAGCUUGCAAGCUGUAUUUUUAGUGUAGUUGCUUAACAAAUUAAGGUUGACAUCUGUCAUAAGCAAAAUUAGACUAUUAUGGCUAAUUUGCCUCAGAUUGAACAAUGAUUUUUUUAAGUGUACACAUGAAAUAUACUUUUUACAAAUAUUGGAGUGGUGUAAAAACACUUGUCUAUUGGAAAAUGCUGUCAUAAACACACUGUAUAUUAAUGCAGAGUAGCAGUUCUUAGCCUUUUCCCACUUCAGUUUUGUAAUAUUGCUUUUAACCACCAUUUUAAAUAGUAAUUGAUACAAGAUAAACAUCUUGCACGUUUCUGGAGUAGUAAUUCUUGUUUUGCUUUGAUUUACACUCAUGCCGUUUGGAUGUGGUUGCCAAGGCCUAUUUCUUUUUAGGUACCUUUCUCUAUUUUAACAUAAACACUACAAUUUGUAAAUGGCAGUGCUUACUACUUUUUUGAAGGAAUAAGUUUUUUGUUUUCUUUUCGGUGUUCUAGCUGUUUAUUUUACCUGUCUGGAAUUGAUCUGUGUUAAGCUUUUUAAUCUCUCGGUAGACAUUAUGCAGUAUUAGUGAUUACACUAUUUAAUUCACUUUCAGUAUGAGUUUGAGUCUCUUUGAAGACUGUGAGUGGCUUAGCAAAUCAGUAACUGAAUGCAGAAGCUUUUACUUCCAGAUCAUGUAAUUUAAUACAGACCUGUUGGUAAUGACCAAAAGUAAUCACUUCUUUGUAGCCUACAUGAAAAGUGGUCUUGAGCCUGACCUUAAAGGCAGGUGUUCAGUCAGAAGACUCAAAACUGUAAUUGGCAGCUUUAUGGAAUUCAAGGACUGCAUUAAUAUGAUGAUGAAAUUUCUGUCAUGUAAGGAAUCCUGUUGCCUGUACUGUUGUAUUACUCAAUUUAAACACUGUGCUAAACACUAAAAGAAAUCAGUUAAGUAACAUAUGCAUAGUUUUCCCCUUUAAAAUAAUUUAAAAAAAAAUGAGGUUGAAAGAAACAUUCUAAGAGAAUUAGAAGUUAAUUAUGUACAAAAUGCCUUUGCAUGCAGAACUCCUCAUUUUCUUUUUUACUCUUUCCCUAACUCAUCUUCAGGAAAGAGUUCAGUAUUUGGGGGAGAGACUGAAAAGUUUAAAAAUGCAAAUACUCACUAAAAGAUGCGCUGCAGUUAACUACUGCAAUCCUGAGACAUCGAUUGCUUACACAAGUUCUUUUGUCUUCUAUUGAAUGUCAGUUUCUGCUCAGAUGUGGAAAUCAUGCAUCAUAUGGUACCUAAGUAACAGAUCAUCUUAAAGGAAUAAAGUUGUUUACGUGUUAUUAAAAUGUUUCUUAUGAAAUGCCUUAAAGGAAUAAAGAUAAACUGUAACACUUCUGCAGAACCCUAAUGUUCUCUUGUACAGGAAUUUCUAUAUUACUUGGUGUUUUUGCUCUUUUUUUUUUUUAAGCAGUUUCUCCAGUGCGUUUAAAAGCAAACAAGUGCAUCCUCAGGAGAAGGGGAAAAAAAUCAAACAAUAUUUGCCACUCAUCUUUGGGGCCUUCUCUUUCAUUCUUCGGGAUUGCAGCCCGCAGAUGGUUCUGCUGAUUGAAUAAGAUGCGAAGUCAGUUGGCCACAGGAUCAGACUUGCAUUUUCCACUCCCCAGACCUGGCUUUUGUCAAGUUGCCGAAUAUGUAUAUCUGACACUACAGAUUUUUUUUUUCUGGAUUAGCUUUUAUAAUAAAUGUCAUGGCACGUUGGAUUAAGGAAAGAUCUCAGUUGUAGGUACAAGAUCUUGCUUUAUCCAAAAUGUUUUUCACCUGGCUUCAUCUCUGUUCACUUCUUUGGAUGUGGCCAACUAAAUGAGUCAAGAAUGGGUGCUGAAGUGGGAGUUUGUGAGUCAGAGCUGCUGCUUAGUGCUAGUGUUGUGGUUAGAUUGGCUACCCAUGCAAUGAACCAUAAUUUCUGCAAUACUCUCUAGUUAACCCACUUCUGAUGCUGUCAUUAAGUGCUAAAGUACUCUGACGUUUCUGUGCUUGUGUACAUAUUCGUGAUCUGUAAUAUAUGCAGUGCUGGGGAUAUCCUUGUGGCUGCUGAUUUUGCCAGGGCAGGCUUGCAAGGGCAGACCAACAAAGAUUUGCCUGUGUUCUGCUUCUCUGUUCCUUUUAAGUAGGACUUUUUUGAGAGCUUCUGUUAGCAAAUUGUGCGCUACUGGUUCAUGGCGGUCCUAAUCCUGCUUAGUUUAUGCUGCUGAUACAAAAUUCAGGUAUCAGUGCAUGGAUGGGUUGGAUGAGAACUGUGUGACACUAAUUAUGUUUCAAGUGUAGUGAUAGCAGAGUUUCUGCUUCUCUUGCAGCGUACUUGUGUAUAAGUCACUCAUCCUAGAUGGAGGGAUGGAGAAAUUGAAUGAGCCAGUAGUGUGGUAGUGGAAGAUGGGGCCUUUCCAGUAUAACCCAGCUUAGACUGAACGUUACUCUUCAGUCAAAACUGUUUUGGCUUUUGUAAGUGUAAGUAUUUUCUCCUUUUGGGUCAUGUUUCUACUUUACAACCAACCACAGCAUUAACUAACAGCUUUGGCAAUACCAGUAAAGAGCCUGAAACAGGCAUAUGCUGAAGUUUUCAGGGUUUGCUUUUAUAGUCACUAAGAUAAGAUAGUAGCUUGGAUAUUCCUUCUCUAAGAACUUCAGUCUUGCUGGCAGUCAAUCCAGUGCCUUGUGUAAGUAUUACAUUCAUUUAAUUGCGUUAGGCAUGAAGCAGUUAUACACGAAGAGUUGACAUUGGGUUAUAAAAUCUGUAGGACCAAAGGAAACCAAAAUGAAACUUCUAGUGUGGCUGACCGAUGAGAGACAAGCCUAACAAAACAGCCCUUUAGUCAAAACAGUGAUGAAACAGCCUACACAUCACGAUUCAGUGUGGAACUGUUUAAAAUAUUGGAAUUCUUCUGGAUUUUGCCUGAAGCUAUGACUUUUUUUUUCCCCCACAGUAUUACAGUGUGAAAGUUGUCAGUUCUUGGACAGCUACUCUUGUAGUGGAAGUCUAGACAAACACUGAAAUGUGUCAAGCUUUUUUCUUAGUUUAAAAUAUUUUUUUCCAGUGUAUUGUUUUAGUUGCCCAAAGUGUUGCUAGUGAUGGUCUUUAGAGAAACCAACAAAACAUUUGCUAAAUGUUUUGCAUCAAAAGACAAAAAUGUGACUAACUUCUUGUAGUUGUGAAGUUUCUGUUUAGGAAGGAAACCCAUUCUGAAUUGAAAUCAGUAGACCAAACCAUCAGAUUACAACAUAAAUUUGCUUUAUUGUGCUGCUCCAUAAACCUGCUUCUGUGUUUGUUGCAAGCAUAACCUUUAUGCUUUUGUUUACAUUGUAGGAAACACAGUUCUAGCAAUGAGUUUUUCAUUUAACUCUAAACAUCUUUUUAUUUUGUUAAUUUUAAAAUUACUAGGUUUUGCUAUGUUAUGUUUUAAAGAUAUUUUUUGCAUACUGCUGCUCAUAUUUCAAUAAACAAAUGAAAAAAAACCUA